AUGGAUAGAAAGUCUGCUAGAAUAAAAGCAGAGUUACAAAGAUAUGGUUGGAGAGUUUCGAAGAAUUUUAAAUAUAGGAAGGGAAGACCCAUAAAAGUCUAUGACAAACUGGCUGGUCUGACCUACGAAAUGGAUUUGGAAACAGCACGUGCAAAUUAUCCAAACAGACUAGAGAGGUUAGAAGAAGAACGUCUUAUGGACAUGCCUUUCGAUGUUAGUGAACCUCAAGUUGAAGGACACGACGGCUUUGCCAGAUUCUACUGGAAACAUGACGAACAAUUGCAUCCUUUGAGAAGGAAAAAAGGUAGUGCAGAGGAUGGUCAUGCUCCCAUGGAAAGAACAAGAUAUGCAUAUGAGAAGUAUCGUGAAGUUAGAAGUCAAAUUACAUCUGGUCGAACCUUUACAGUAAACUUUGACGAAGGAAAGAACAAAGAAGGCUUCAUGGGUGUACUUGCUGCCAUAGAAGAUGGAAAUAAGAAAGGAUACAAUCUCAGAUUGACCAUAACAGAUUUGGAUGGUCACAUUUACUAUGCAAAUGGCAAUGAACAAACAGCUGCAAAACUUCUUGACGCUUUCAAGACUACAAAGAGAGAACAAAUGGUUGACUCCGACUCAGACAUUUUGAAUGCAAUUGAAGGAAUUGUAAGUGUCAAGUUCGAAUGGUACCAACCUAACCCUCAAGCAGUCAGACAACAUGCUGGAUACUUUCCGUUCAUAAAUAAGUCUGACAUUGACUUGACAAGGUAUGGAAUUUACAAUUCAAUUGAAACAAUUGUCAACGAACCUUGUAUUCUUACAUGUCUCAGGAACUCUGGUCUUGUUACAGAUGAGAAGAUGAAGUAUCUUGAGUCAUGUGUGAAGACAAGGUACAUUCUCAGAGGUCAAUUGGCAAAAGUUGCACCGUUGGCAAAUGUCAAUAUCCGAGUCAACAUACCUACAGCUAAAGGUUCUUCACAUGACGACUAUGUUGUUGACAAAGACUUACCAUGGUUGAAGAUUGCAAUUGUCCACAACCACUUCAUGUUGAACGAAAGUCUUACAAACCCAUUCUUUGGUAAAAGUAA